AAAAAAAAAAAAGGAUAAUGUUUUCAUUUUGCAACACUAUAGGUGUUUAUGUUCCCGGGGGUUCUCGUGCAUCUCGGAUCCACCCACGUGUUUCCAGCAGCAGCAGUCUAAAGUGCCACUGAAAAAGCUUUGCGCAUCACGCAGGACAACGGCAGCCGCACAUCUGAUUCGUUCCUGCGCACAUCAGUGUACAGACACGGAACGCGACUGCCCUCGCCGCGACCAACGAAUCUCACCGGGGCGGGAUUCUCCCGCCGUUAUGACGUCAGCUCCGCAGUGUCACGCGCAGCCGCGCACACGCUGAAAUGCGAGACGCGCCUCGUCACAUUAAGUAAAAGCUGCUGUUGAACUGAAGGCACCAUGGCCACACCAACGUCUCUUGAUCCAGAUUUGGUUCGGGAGGUGCUGGAAUGCCCCAUUUGCUUGGAGACGUACAACCAGGAUCAGCUUCGACCCAAACUGCUGCAGUGCGGUCACUCAGUUUGUCGUCAGUGCCUUGAGAAACUCCUCGCCAGCACGAUAAAUGGCGUUCGCUGCCCCUUCUGCAGCAAGGUGUCUCGUAUGAGCAGUAUUUCCCAGCUGGCUGACAAUCUCACUGUGUUGAAGAUCAUUGACUGUGCUAGUUCAUGCGGCUCUACAAUGGGUCUCAUGUGCAAGUCUUGUAAAAACCGCCUGCCACGGCAGUACUGCAGUGACUGCAGCAUUGUGUUGUGUGAUAUUUGUAAAAACGAUGGCCACCAGUGUCAGGGUCAUGUUGUACAGGCCAUUCGCGUGGCUGCUGAACAGCGCCGGAAGGACAUCAGUGGGAAGCUUCCUGACAUGCGGGAGGCAAUGGGAAAUAUUCAGAAGAAGAAGGCAGCUAUUGACAAUGUGACAAAAUCAAUCAAACUGAAGUAUAAGGCUGUACAGCAGGAAUAUGCCAAGGCUGAGUUGCAGCUUCAAGAGGAACUUGGCCGCUCGCGCCGUGCCUUUGCCACCUCCUUGGCUGAAAUAGAGAAACUCAAUGCCCAGAUACUGGAGGAGCAGACGUACCUGCUCAAUAUUGCUGAAGUGCAGGUGGUGUCAAGGUGUGACUAUCUAACCAUGAGGAUCAGGCAGACGGAUAUUGCUCUACUGGAAGAAGCGAGCAACCAUGAAGAAGAAGAGUUGGACUUAAAAACUAACUUGAAUGUCAUUCUGAAACUACAAGAACCUGAAUUUGUUCAAAUGGAGUGCUCGAAACCCCUGGACGUGGGGCAGCUGACCACAAAACCCUGCAUUGUCAAUGCAGAGGAAAAAGCUGGACUUGAUUUCACCACUUCGACUGCCACCCUAGUUGACAUUUACCGUGAUAUUGACAUGGAUACAGCAGUUGAUGAAGCUGUCUGCGCUUCUCCCGGUAGCUUCAAGUCCAAGUCUGUUGACGGUGGUGGACCUUCUCCAGGAGCUUCUGGUGGGCAACUCUGUCAAUUUGUGAAAAAGAUGGGCUGCAAGGGCAAUCUGCCGGGCAUGUUCAAUUUGCCAGUAAGCAUUUGCGUCACGCCACAGGGUGAGGUGCUUGUGGCCGACCGAGGAAACUACCGCAUCCAGAUCUUCAACCGCAAGGGCUUCCAAAGGGAGAUACGGCGCAACCCAAGCAGCAUCGACAACUUCGUCUUGAGCUUCCUAGGUGCCGACCUGCCCAACCUCAUCCCACUUUCCAUUGCAAUCACUGCUCAGGGCCUCAUAGGUGUCACUGACAACUAUGAUAACUCCGUGAAGGUUUAUACCACCGAUGGCCACUGCAUCGCCUGUCACAAGAACCAGCUCAUCAAGCCAUGGGGAAUCGCGGCCAUGCCUUCAGGCCAGUUCGUUGUGUCAGAUGUAGAGGGGGGGAAGCUGUGGUGCCUAGCCGUGGAUCGUAACGUAGGUAUUGUGAAUUACAACCGCUUAUGUUCGGCUCUCAGGCCCAAAUUUGUAACUUGCGACUCCUCAGGUACAGUCUACUUCACACAGGGUUUGGGUCUAAACAUAGAGAAUAGACACAACGAACACCACCUUGAGGGGGGUUUCUCAAUUGGGUCGGUGGGAAUGGAUGGCCAGCUGGGAAAGCAACUCAGCCACUUCUUCUCAGAGAAUGAGGACUUCCGAUGCAUUACCGGCAUGUGUGUGGACUCUAAUGGAGACUUGAUCGUGACAGACAGUGGCCGUAAGGAGAUACUACAAUUCCCUAAAGAAGGUGGCUAUAAUAUUCUCAUUCAGGAGGGGUUAACAUGCCCUGUAGGGGUUGCAGUUACACAGAAGGGACAACUGCUUGUCUUAGAUUGCUGGGACCACUGUGUGAAGGUCUACACUUACUUGCAAAGGAGACGUUCCUCUACAUGUUAAGAUUGCUGUGUGGACAAUAUAGAAGACUUGUCACUUUUAUGCAAUGGCUUCAUUAUAAAUAUGUUUGUUUCUCAGUGAUUUCUGACCUAUGCCUUGCAGUGGCCAGGAUCAGGGAGCUAAGCUGCAACCAUUCACCACUGCCAUGAAGCAACUGGAUGAUGACUUAUGGGUAUUAUUAUGAAUGCUUUGGGCAAAUGGAUUUUAAAAUUUAGCACAACUGAUGGCAAUAACUGAAAAUUUUGUUCUUUAUGUGUGCAAAUAAGUUUUUUUUUUCCCUCUGUGAUGCUGUACAGACAUUAAGAUGGUGGAGUUACUGAGAAGGUAAUUUGUUUUAUAGUUGUGUCAUAAAUAAUAUCAAAGGAAUAUUCUUGUUUUGAUUCAAGUAAGGCUCAAUCAAAAGGAUUUAUGGUCUAAUGUUGAUAAUCACUAAUGUGUUGACUUAUUUAUUUUUGGUGGUAACCAACAUAAUGCUGCAAGUCCUGCUGAUUGAGCUUAACUUGUACUGAACCCAAAAUAUUUCUUGAACAGGAAGGAUUUACAUGGAAAAUGUGAAACAUGCUGACUCUGAACACUUCUGUGUGUGUCAUGUUCAUGUGUGGUUGUUGUAAUGACUUCACAAAAUGCCCUUACUAUUAAAGUGCCCCUCCAUACCUGAAGCCUCUGUCUGUAAAAGAUUAAAAGAUUUAUUUAACAAUACAAAUCUUCUGUAUAAUAAAAUACUGUUAGACUAAAGUACAAUACAGUUGAAAAAUGUUAUUGUUACUACAGAGUUGUCUAAUACUGCUUAUUGUUUACUUGAAUUGGUUUGUAGUGUACUCCAGUUUGUGAUAGCAUUACUCUGUUGCAGGAACCAAAGGCCUGUUAAAUUCAGGAGAUAUUUACUAGCCUGUCAUCAGAGUAACUGCAAUAGUUCAACUGAAGCAGGGAAAUGACUCCGCAGUUUACAUGCUGUAUUACACUGUAUAUUAAAUUAUGUUUUGCAUUGAAGUGUCCUUGUAUCUAAGAGAUGGAAACUCUCCUGCUUGAAUGCUGUAGAGAGCAUUCAACUUUUAUUUUUUAAUGUGGGUUUGUUGGUUCAAGCGUGUGCUGGAGCAGAUUAAGGCUAUAUAAAAUAUUCACGAAUAGAUUAGAAUAGAAACCUAUGAUCACAAUUUAUAACACAACUCAAGUAUGCAUUGCAUUCUCCGGGUUGCAAAGGAUGACAUAGUAGAUGUUCGUGCAAAACAUCUUUUAUGUCAGACUCGGUUAUCUCCUUUAGGUAUUCAGCUACUGUCACUGGAUUGCAUGCAAUAUAUCAAGUUGGCAAUGCAUUUCCAUCUGCACAUUUGUGUAAAGUAUUUUUCUGGUUUUAUUACAUUUUAACAAUGCAUUUGUCUUUACCAACAGAUGCAGACAGUCUGCAUUGUCCUUAUAGCAAAUGCACUCCUCCUUCACAAGACAUCCAGAGAUACUAGUAAUAUACACUGUCAAGCCAUUAGAAAAGAAUGUAACUUAAUUUUCAAUGAGUUACCUGGCCAUGUUAAGGCUUUUAAAGAAAACUUUAAUUAAUGCCUUUACACAGCACCACUGUGGGCAGAAUUAAAUUAAUUAGAUAAUUAUUAUUGCUUUAACCAUAAAGAAAAAUACUUAAAGCAAACAAAUUAUGUUGAAAUGCUCAAGAAAAGACACAAAGAAAAAGAAAAUAAUGUAACAAACACCUUUCAUUCUCCUUUUGUUCUGUCAGUUUGUUAAUCUAGUUUUGGCUGUUGUCUAUCUAUGGCCUUCUAUAUAAUAAUAAUAAUAAUAAUGUCCUGCUUGGCUUGGGUUAUUGGGUAUUGUGCUCAUCCUUUUAAUGGGGUCCCACUUAAUGUCAUUAUAUAUAUAUAUAUAUAUAUAUAUGUUUACCAGUAUAUACUGUCAUCACCUUGAUCUGUCUAGUCACUGACAAAUUGAUUUCCUGCUGGUUUCAAUGUUCAAUACCAUGUACCUUUUCCAGUAAACACAGGAAAAUGCAAUCAUCUUAAUAAACAGCUUAAUCAAGAUAUGCUAACCAAAUCUGCAUAAUGGAAAAAUAGCUAGAAGAAUUAUUGCUAUUAAAGAUCUGGUAAGCAUCAUAUUGGAUGCAUAAAACAACAUAUGAAGAGUGAGUCCCAGGGGUCUGUACCAUGAUGGUGGCUGAACAAAUUCGGGGUUACAGGCUUAGUUUUGAGUUGACAAAACCAAACCAGUCCGGCCAACUUUCUCUGUCAACUCAGGCUUGAUCCCGAAUUAAUGGAGCAGGUGCACAUGAAAGAGUGACCGUAAUGAACAGCCAAUCGCAUGCCUUGAAACUGUGAUUAACUUCUAAUGAGAGAGUCAGUGUGUUUACUACCGAAGAUUAAAAGAUUUAACAAUAUGAAGAAUUUAAACACAUUUACAAGUGCAAACGAUCCAUCCAUGAAAGAAGAAAAAAUAAGUGCAAGUAAAAGUCAGUUUAUAGAGUUGAAAAUAUUUAUAGGUAUAAUAACACUUAAAAAUCUAAGCCCAUAUGUAGUCUUGUUUAAAGCUAUUGAUUUAUAUUAAUUUAAAAUAAAAGCUUAAUGAUUUAUUAUUAAACUAAUCUAGCUUUAGUAAUAGAUUAAUGGUAGAAUAAUAUAAAUCAUAUAAAAUGAUUAUAAAAGACAAUCAUUUCUAGAAAUCAGACAAUUUUAUCUUUAAAAAUCUUUACUAGCGUCCUUUAAUUUGGAGUAAGAGAAACUGGAGAAGUGGCUUUAUUGCGUCAGAGAUGCAUCACUUUUCUUGAAGCUGAUUGGUCAAAUUUUGGUUUUAAGAUCUCUAACCAGAACAUAAUCUGCCCCGGAGCAGAUUAGCUAUGGAGUGUAAGUUACUAAGGCAAUGAAUGCCUCUAAAAACCAAGCCACUUUCAUGGUACCUAAAACCAAGGAUUGGUGCAAACUCAACGGAAACUUAACCUGGCUAGCCAGCUAAACCAGCUUCAUGGUACAGGCCCCUGGUCUUUUGUUACAUAUUUUUACUUUUAGCAAACACAGAAAGCUCUAUGCACAAUGCAAUAUAUAUUUUUGUCCUUCUUUAAUGAACAAUUCAGUGGAAGACCAUCACGAGUGAUUUAUUUUCCUUUUUUAUGUGAUGCCACUUGUUUAUGACUUGUUGCAUAAGUCACUUUUUAACAUUACCCAUCAUACUUAAGGUCAAAGGGCCUAGAAAAUGAGUAUUUUCUCACACCAUUGUGCUUUUGUCAGGGUUUGAUGGCAGGAGAUUCUGAAUUGACAUUACUAUCAUAAGAUCUAAACAUAAUCAUUGCAUUGAUGUUGGUAUCAGUAAAAUGAGUCCCAAAUUUGUGUUUGUAUUGUUCAUGAUCAGUUGUGUGCAAUAAAAUCAAGACCUGA